UGUGUACACACACGUAUACAUUAUUUGGCAUAUUAUUAAGUUUAGUUGAUCGAUCGAUGGUUUCAAAUAUCCAAAACAUAACAACAAAUUUCUACAUUAUUGAUAUUUAGAACAUUUACGUUGCGUAAAUAUGUAUAUAAUAAUUUACAUUCUGAAAUUAAACGAGUUAAAGCUGAUCUUUUAUUUCUCUCUUAUUAUUACUAAACUGAAUAAUUUAUUUUUGUGUAGGCUGGAUUGGGUGCGGUAUUCAAGACUAUAAUAGUGGAUCCAGAAAGGCCAGACAUUGUGUAAAUGAAAUAAUACAGAGUAAUAAUUAAACACAAAUGAAAAGUUAUUAAAAUCAUAUAACAGAAAAUUUGAUAACAUAUAAAAGUCUUUAUUCUCUCUCUCUCCUUCCCUCGGUCUCUUUUUUUCAAGUUUGCGAACAAAGUUCUUUUUGAAAAAAGAAAAAGGCAAACCUUUAAAGUUAUUUGCUUCUAAUAGCUUGAAUAUUUUAUAUGACAUUACACGACGGUUUAUUCAGCGAGCUGAGACCAACAAAACUAACAAAAGCAUACAUGUUGGCGGCGGCUUACUGUUCGACGUUCGGCGGAAUUGGAACACUAGUGGGAACCGGAACAAACCUGACUUUCAAAGGAAUCUAUGAGAGCAUUUUCCCUGAAGCUGAGGGAAUUUCCUUUACGUCUUGGAUGAUCGCGUCCUUCCCGCAAAUGGUCUGCAAUUCUUUCCUGACGUGGUUGUACAUACGUAUCGCUUACAUGGGCUAUCUGAGACCGCAAAGCAAAGACGCUCAAUUAGCUACGAUCGGACCGGAAGGUGAAGCCGUAACAAAUCAAGUAAAAUAAUGAAAUGACGCAAAUG